AUAAAGAAAAGAGAAAGUGACUAUACUGCUGUCAAAGGAAAAAAAAUGAUGCCGCAGUAUUGGCGCCCAUGCUCUGGAUAAAAACCUGAACAGUUCUGGUCCAUAUUAUCUAAGGUAAGAGGCGUGCAUUGACAAAAGUGCAACCAUGAAUAUGGUGAAGAGGAUCAUGGGCCGACCUCGGCAAGAGGAGUGCAGCCCCCAGGACAAUGCACUAGGUUUAAUGCAUCUGAGGCGACUCUUCACUGAGCUUUGUCAUCCUGCCCGACACAUGACUCAAAAGGAACAGGAAGAAAAACUUUACAUGAUGCUGCCUGUUUUUAACAGGGUGUUUGGAAAUGCACCUCCUAGCACAAUGACAGAGAAGUUCUCAGACCUUCUGCAGUUUACAACGCAAGUAUCGCGCCUGAUGGUGACUGAGAUUCGAAGGAGAGCUUCUAAUAAGUCCACAGAGGCUGCUAGUCGAGCCAUUGUCCAGUUCUUAGAGAUCAAUCAGAGUGAAGAGACCAGCAGGGGCUGGAUGCUUUUGACUGUCAUUAACCUGUUGGCUUCAUCAGGGCAGAAAACCGUGGACUGCAUGACAACAAUGUCUGUGCCUUCCACCCUGAUUAAAUGCCUGUACCUGUUCUUUGACCUCCCACACGUGCCUGAGGUACCUGGAGGAGCAGAGAAUGAGCUGCCUUUGACCGAGCGCAGAGCUUUGCUCCAGAAAGUCUUUGUGCAGAUUUUAGUGAAGUUGUGCAACUAUGUAUCUCCAGCAGAGGAGCUGGCUCAGAAAGAUGACCUUCAACUCCUCUUUAGUGCAAUAACAUCCUGGUGCCCUCCAUACAACCUUCCCUGGAGAAAAAGUGCUGGUGAAGUUUUAAUGACCAUUUCACGACAUGGGCUUAGCCUAAAUGUGGUGAAAUACAUACAUGAGAAAGAAUGCCUGGCCACAUGUGUGCAGAAUAUGCAGCAGUCAAAUGACCUGUCCCCCCUUGAAAUUGUGGAGAUGUUUGCUGGUCUUUCCUGCUUUCUCAAAGACUCCAGUGAUGUGUCUCAGACACUGCUGGAUGACUUCAGGACGUGCCAAGGAUAUGUCUUCCUCUCCGACCUCCUGCUGAGGCUAGAGCAAGCUAAAGAGAAUGAAUCCAAAGAUGCGCUAAAGGACUUGGUUAACCUAAUUACUUCUUUAACAACAUAUGGUGUCAAUGAACUGAAACCAGCUGGUUUAACUACAGGGGCACCUUUUUUAUUGCCAGGCUUUUCUGUCCCACAGCCUGCCGGAAAAGGUUUAAGUGUGAGGAACAUCCAAGCCUUCUCCGUUCUACAAAAUGCAUUUCUUAAGGCAAAGACCUGCUACCUUGCACAGAUUAUCCUGGAUUCCAUCACAAAUAUUUAUAUGUCGGACAAUGCCAAUUACUUUAUCCUGGAGCCUCAGCAUACACUUUCCCAAUUUGCAGAAAAGAUUACCAAGUUUCCUGAUGUGCAGGUGAAAUACUUUGAGAUGCUUGAGUUUUUGGUGUUCAGCUUGAACUAUAUUCCUUGCAAAGAAUUGAUAAGUGUCAGCAUUCUUUUGAAGUCCAACACUUCAUUCUCCUGCAGUAUCAUAGCUACUAAGACACUUCUCAAGUUUAUACGACACCAUCACAUCUUUAAAGAUGUCUUUAAAGAGGUGGGACUUCUGGAGGUCAUGGUCAAUCUUUUGCACAAAUAUGCUGCUGUGCUGAAAGACCCAGCCCAAGCCUAUAUCGAUCAAGGGGGGUGUACAACUGUAAUACAGUCAUCAGAGGAACAAAGGCAAUUGGCACUCGUGGUGAUGGAAACUUUAACAGUUUUGCUGCAAGGAUCAAAUACCAAUGCUGGUGUCUUCAGAGAAUUUGGAGGCGCAAGAUGUGUCCACAACAUAGUCAAGUACCCCCAAUGCAGAGAGCAUGCCCUCAUGGUGAUCCAGCAAUUAAUGUUAUCCCCAAGUGGAGAUGAUGACAUGGGGACCCUUUUAGGACUGAUGCACUCUGCUCCACCAACGGAGCUGCAGCUCAAGACAGACAUUCUUCGGGCCCUUUUAAUAGUUCUGAGAGAGAGUCACCGAACAAGGACCGUUUUCAGGAAAGUUGGAGGAUUUGUAUAUGUCACUUCCCUGUUGGUCGCGAUGGAGAAAUCUCUGAGCUGUCCACCAAGGAACGGAUGGGAAAAAGUGAACCAGAACCAGGUCUUUGAACUUUUACACACCGUUUUCUGCACACUGACAGCAGCCAUGCGUUAUGAGCCUGCAAACUCUCAUUUCUUUAAAACUGAGAUCCAGUAUGAAAAACUGGCCGAUGCCAUUCGGCUGCUUGGCUGCUUUGCAGAAUCCCGGAAAAUCAAACCGUCAAACGUCUUCCCUUCCAACAAUCAGCCAUUUCAGAGACUGCUAGAGGAGGACCUGGUGCACUUGGACUCCGUGUGUCCUGUUCUUAGGCACUGCAGCAAACUCUUUGUAUAUCUCUAUAAAGUAGUCACAGACUCUUUUGACAGUCGUGCAGAACAGAUCCCGCCUUGCUUGACAAAUGAGACCACUCUCCCUUCACCUUGGGGGACUCCAGCUCUUUCCAGGAAAAGACAUGUCUACCAUACAGUAUCCACCUCUUCCCUGAUACCUUCUAAAAACGUUGGUGACCUGAAAAUUCAUGCAAGUACAGCUCCAGGUUCAGAUGCAGUAAUCAUCCAUCCGGGUGCCAUGCUUUCAAUGCUGGACCUCCUGGCAUCUGUUGACUCCGAUUCCCAACCAGAACAUGCCUUGGAUCUUCAAUUGGCCGUUGCAAACAUCUUACAAUCAUUAGUACACACAGAGAGAAAUCAGCAGGUUAUGUGUGAGGGUGGACUCCAUGCACGUUUGUUGCAUAGAUGCAGUGCUGCCCUAGCCGAUGAAGACCAUGCAUUGCACCCUCCACUCCAACGCAUGUUUGAGAGGCUGGCAUCUCAAGCAUUAGAGCCAAUGGUACUAAGAGAAUUUCUACGUCUUGGAAACCCCUUGAACUGUGCAGCUUGGGACAAGCGGUUAUUGAAACAGUACAGAGUACACAAGCCUAGUUCUCUCAGCUAUGAACCAGAAAUGAGAAGUAGCAUGAUCAUGUCAACAGAGGGUCUUGGCUCUGACAGCGUGUUUUGCGUGGGAGAAGAUAAACACUACCGGAUAAGCCGAAGCUUGGUAAAAUCAGCAGAAGGCAGCACAGUGCCACUGACGAGAGUAAAGUGCCUGGUUUCUAUGACAACACCGCAUGACAUUAGACUUCAUGGAUCAUCAGUCACUCCUGCCUUUGUGGAAUUUGACACUUCUCUAGAAGGCUUUGGGUGCCUUUUCUUGCCAAGUUUAGCUCCUCACAAUGCACCAAGCAGUAAUGCAGUUACCACUGGUCUUAUUGAUGGAGCUGUUCUCAGCGGCAUUGGAACAGGUGAAAGGCUUUUUCCUCCACCUUCUGGCUUAACCUAUUCCACCUGGUUUUGCAUUGAGCAUUUCAGUACGCCACCAAAUAAUCACCCUGUUAGACUUCUUACUAUUGUCAGACGAGCAAACUCCUCGGAGCAUCACUACGUAUGUCUAGCCAUUGUCUUUUCAGCAAAAGAUAAGUCCCUCAUCGUGUCCACCAAGGAGGAACUUCUUCAGAACUAUGUGGAUGACUUCGGUGAAGAAUCUUCUUUCUAUGAGAUCCUUCCAUGCUGUGCCAGAUUCCGUUGCAGUGAGCUGAUAAUGGAAGGCCAGUGGCAUCAUUUGGUUCUGGUGAUGAGUAAAGGCAUGCUGAAAAAUAGCACAGCAGCUCUUUAUUUAGAUGGGCAGCUAGUCAAUACAGUAAAGCUGCACUAUGUACAUAGUACCCCAGGGGGAUCUGGUUCGGUCAACCCACCAGUCGUUAGCACAGUCUAUACUUACAUUGGCACUCCUCCAGCUCAGCGCCAGCUUUCCUCGCUGGUGUGGCGCCUGGGACCAACUCACUUUUUGGAGGAAGUCUUGACUGCAGCAAGUGUUGGUGUUGUAUAUGAACUGGGACCAAAUUAUGUUGGAAGCUUUCAGGCAGUCUGCUCUCCAUGUAAAGAUUCCAAGUCUGAAUCUGGUACCCCAUCUAUGGUGUCACUAGUACCAGAGGAAAAGGUAUCCUUUGGACUCUAUGCACUUUCUGUGUCAUCUUUAACAGUUGCAAGAAUAAGAAAAGUUUAUAACAAAUUGGAUAGCAAAGCAAUUGCAAAGCAGCUGGCAAUAUCAUCUCAUGAAAAUGCCACCCCAGUGAAACUGCUACACAAUUCAGCUGGACAUUUGAAUGGACCAGCUCGGACCAUAGGAGCAGCACUCAUUGGUUACCUAGGAGUGAGAACGUUUGUCCCAAAACCUGUAGCUAUAACUUUGCAAUACAUAGGAGGAGCAGCUGCCAUUCUCGGACUAGUGGCGAUGGCAUCAGAUGUUGAAGGCCUCUAUGCAGCAGUCAAGGCUCUUGUGUGUGUGGUAAAAAGCAACCCACUUGCCAGCAAAGAGAUGGAAAGGAUUAGAGGUUACCAGCUGCUAGCGAUGUUGCUGAAGAAGAAAAGAGGACUUCUCAACAGCCACAUUUUGCAUCUCACUUUCUCCUUGGUGGGAACAGUGGACAGUGGUCAUGAGACUUCCAUUAUCCCAAAUUCAACUGCCUUCCAAGACCUAUUGUGUGACUUUGAGGUCUGGCUCCAUGCACCAUAUGAGCUCCAUCUUUCCCUGUUUGAACAUUUCAUUGAGCUUCUCACAGAAUCCAGUGAGGCUGCAAAGAAUGCAAAGCUCAUGAGAGAGUUCCAGCUGAUACCAAAAUUAUUGCUGACUCUGCGAGACAUGUCUCUCUCCCAGCCCAGUAUAUCUGCCAUCAGUAACGUACUGAGUUACCUGCUACAAGGCUUCCCCAACAGCAAUGACUUGCUCAGGUUUGGCCAGUUCAUCUCAUCAACACUACCUACAUUUGCUGUUUGUGAGAAGUUUGUUGUUAUGGAAAUAAAUAAUGAAGAGAAACUUGAACCAGGAUCUGAAGAUGAUUUUGGAGGACUUGUUUCAGCAAAUCUCAUUCUUCUGAGAAAUAGACUAUUGGAUAUGUUGCUUAAGCUGCUGUACACCACAAAAGAAAAGACAACCGUGAAUCUGCAAGCCUGUGAAGAGCUAGUGAAGACUCUCGGCUUCGACUGGGUGAUCAUGUUUAUGGAGGAACACCUGCACUCCACCACAGUGACAGCAGCCAUGAGGCUUUUGGUGGUUCUUUUGAGCAACCAGCCAAUCCUUAUCAAAUUCAAGGAAGGAAUUAGUGGAGGAGGAUGGCUGGAGCAAACAGACUCUGUUUUGACCAAUAAAAUCGGCACUGUGCUAGGUUUCAAUGUAGGAAGGAGUGCCGGCGGCAGAUCAACACUCAGGGAGAUUAAUCGUGAUGCAUGUCAUUUCCCUGGCUUCCCAGUCCUUCAGUCUCUUCUUCCCAAGCACACCAACGUACCUGCCCUUUAUUUUCUGCUCAUGGCGCUGUUCCUUCAGCAACCGGUCACUGAACUGCCUGAGAACUUGCAGGUCAGUGCACCUGUCACCAGGAACCGAAGUAACCGGGGUUGCCAGUUUGACUUGGACUCCAUCUGGACUUUCAUCUUUGGAGUUCCUGCGUCCAGUGGAAAUGUGUUCUCCUCCAUCCACAACGUGUGCACAGAAGCUGCCUUGCUGCUGUUGGCCAUGCUCAGGACAAUGCUCAAUUCUCCAUGGCAGUCAGAGGAGGAGGGCUCAUGGCUUCGAGAGUAUCCAGUUACCUUGAUGCAGUUCUUCCGUUACCUCUACCACAAUGUUCCAGACCUUGCUCCAAUGUGGAUCAGCCCUGAGUUCCUGUGUGCCUUGGCAGCAUCUGUAUUCCCCUUUAACAUUCGUCCGUACUCUGAAAUGGUUACAGACCUGGAUGAUGAAGUGGGUUCACCUGCUGAAGAAUUUAAAGCCUUUGCUUCAGACUCUGGCAUGAACAGAAGUCAGUCUGAAUACUGCAAUGUGGGCUCCAAGACCUAUCUCACCAGUCAUCCUGCCAAAAAGUUUGUGUUUGAUUUCAUGCGUGUCCUGGUCAUUGAAAAUCUGUGUCAUACCCCUGCUAGCAAGCAAACACCUCUCAUAGACUUACUCUUAGAGUCUUCCCCUGAAAGAUCAACGAGAGCUCAGCAGAAGGAAUUCCAGACCUACAUAUUGGACAGCGUGAUGGACCACCUGCUAGCAGCUGAUGUACUGCUAGGAGAGGAUGCCUCCUUACCAGUGACUACUGGUGGUAAUUAUCAGGUGCUGGUGAACAAUGUGUUUUAUUUUACCCAGCGAGUGGUAGACAAGCUGUGGCAAGGAAUGUUCAACAAAGACUCAAAACUAGUGGUUGACUGUGUUACCCAGCUCAUUUCACAGUCAAAGAGACGGUCUCAAGGUUUGUCCCUUGAAACUAUUUACAAUUGCUUGAAUCGAACCAUAUUAUACCAAUUCUCCAGAGCGCAUAAAACUGUCCCUCAACAAGUGGCUCUUCUGGAUUCUCUGCGAGUUCUCACUGUCAAUAGAACCCUUAUUCUGGGUCCUGGGAAUCACGACCAGGAUUUCAUUUCCUGCUUAGCUCACUGUUUGAUUAACCUCUACACUGGAAGUAACCCUGAUGGCUUUGGAUUGGAAGCUGAAGCUAGGAUGACCACUUGGCAUAUAAUGAUGCCUUCGGAGGUUGAAGCAGAUGGAAUGUAUCAGGAUAUAAGUGAAGGGCGCCAGCUUCUGCUGAAAGCUGUCAACAGAGUUUGGAUAGAGUUAAUUCAUAGCAAGAAACAAGUUCUGGAGGAUAUGUUCAAAGUGACAUUUCCUGUCAAUGACCGAGGACAUGUGGAUAUUGCAGUUGUCAGGCCUUUUAUUGAGGAAGCGGCAUUGCGUUCUUGGCAAAACCACCUUGCAUAUGAAAAGAAAUGCAUCAGUAAAGGUGAAGCUUUGGUGCCGAGUUCUCAGUCAAAGCUGUCACGUGUCAGUAGUGGCUUUGGACUCUCUAAGCUAACUAGUUCAAGAAGAAAUCGCAAGGAGAGUGGACUCAAUAAACACAAUCUCUCCACCCAGGAAAUCUCACAGUGGAUAUUCACUCACAUUGCUGUUGUGAGGGAUUUGGUGGAUAUGCAGUAUAAAGAAUACCAGGAGCGUCAACAAAAUGCAUUGAAAUAUGUGACAGAGGAAUGGAACCAGAUCGAGUAUGAACUCCUCAGGGAAAGGGGGCUUUGGGGACCACCUAUUGGCUCCCAUUUGGAUAAAUGGAUGCUGGAGAUGACUGAAGGGCCAUGUAGAAUGAGGAAAAAGGUUGUGAGAAAUGACAUGUUCUACGUUCAUUACCCUUAUGUCCCUGACGUGGAGCAAGACAGUAACACAAUGAAACCUGCCCGCUACCGCCGGGCUAUCAGCUAUGACAGCAAAGAUUAUUAUAUGCGCCUGAUGCCAGGGAACCCAGCAGUGUUCCAGGACACAGUGGAGGAAAGUUCAGAAGGAGAGGCAGCACAGCAUGAGCCAGAACACGGGGAAGACACCAUUGCCAAGGUGAAAGGCCUUGUGAAAGCACCUCUUAAACGAUCAAAAUCAGCCCCAGAUGGAGGAGAAGAUGAGAAUCAGGAGCACUUGCAGGACCAGCUGAUUGAAGGGUCUUCCAUAGAUGAAGAUGAGAAGAUGGAUAGUACCACUCUGCUAAGACUUCUCGAAGAAGGAGAGAAGAUUCAACACAUGUAUCGCUGUGCGAGAGUCCAAGGAUUAGACACCGGUGAAGGCCUACUGCUCUUUGGAAAGGAACACUUCUAUGUGGUCGAUGGGUUUACUUUGACAGCCAACAGGGAGAUUCGCGACAUUGAAACCCUGCCAGUGAAUAUGCAUGAGCCAAUUAUUCCUCGUGGAGCAAGGCAAGGACCCAAUCAGCUGAGAAGAACUUGCAGCAUCUUUGCCUAUGAAGAUAUAAAAGAAGUUCACAAAAGAAGAUACCUUCUACAGCCGAUUGCAGUUGAAGUGUUCUCAGCAGAUGGGCGCAACUAUUUGCUAUCUUUUCAAAAAGGUGUUCGAAACAAAGUUUACCAAAGGUUUUUGGCAGUUGUGCCAUCCUUGACAGACAGUUCAGAAUCUGUUUCCGGACAGCGCCCAAACACAAGUGUAGAGCAAGGCUCUGGGCUUCUGAGCACUUUAGUGGGAGAAAAAUCUGUGACACAGAGAUGGGAGAGGGGAGAAAUCAGCAAUUUCCAGUAUCUGAUGCAUUUAAACACUCUGGCAGGCCGAUCAUACAAUGACCUCAUGCAGUACCCUGUCUUUCCUUGGAUCCUGGCGGAUUUUGACUCUGAGGAACUGGAUUUGACAAAUCCUAAAACAUUUAGAAAUCUUUCCAAGCCAAUGGGAGCCCAAACUGAUGAUAGGCUUGCACAGUAUAAGAAGCGAUACAAGGACUGGGAGGAUCCUAAUGGAGAGACACCAGCAUACCACUAUGGAACUCAUUACAGUUCUGCUAUGAUUGUGGCGUCUUACCUUGUUAGAAUGGAACCAUUCACUCAGAUCUUCCUCAGGCUUCAGGGUGGGCACUUUGACUUGGCUGAUCGGAUGUUUCACAGUGUACGGGAGGCUUGGUACUCUGCAUCAAAGCACAACAUGGCUGACGUGAAGGAGCUAAUUCCGGAGUUCUUUUAUCUUCCAGAGUUUCUUCUCAACUCCAACAACUUUGAUCUUGGCUAUAAACAAAAUGGAACAAAACUGGGUGAUGUAAUUCUACCCCCAUGGGCAAAAGGUGACCCGCGGGAAUUUAUUCGAGUGCACAGAGAGGCUCUGGAAUGUGACUACGUCAGUGCCCACCUGCAUGAAUGGAUAGACCUGAUCUUCGGAUACAAGCAACAGGGACCCGCUGCUGUAGAUUCUGUCAAUGUCUUUCACCACCUCUUCUACGAGGGACAAGUGGACAUCUACAACAUUAAUGACCCACUGAAAGAGACUGCUACUAUAGGCUUUAUUAACAAUUUUGGACAGAUACCAAAGCAGUUGUUUAAAAAGCCACAUCCACCAAAACGUGUCAGAAGCAGGGUAAACGGAGACACGUCAUCAAUAUCCAUGCCACUGGGGUCUGCGUGUGAUAAGAUAUUUUUUCAUCAUUUGGACAACUUAAGGCCUUCUUUGGCUCCAGUCAAAGAACUGAAGGAGCCUGUGGGUCAGAUUGUUUGUACAGAUAAAGGGAUCCUGUCUGUAGAACAAAACAAGUUCCUCAUUCCUCCGGCAUGGAACAAGACUUUUGCAUGGGGCUAUGCAGACCUCAGCUGCAGGCUGGGAACCUACGAGUCCGACAAGGCAGUUGUUGUCUAUGAAUGUUUAUCUGAAUGGGGCCAGAUCUUGUGCGCCAUUUGUCCAAACCCCAAACUAGUGAUCACUGGAGGAACAAGUACAGUGAUUUGUGUAUGGGAAGUCGGGACCUCAAAGGAGAAAGCUAAAGCCCUCACUCUGAAACAGGCUUUGAUUGGGCAUACCGAAACAGUGACCUGUUUGACUGCUUCUCUGGCCUAUCAUAUAGUUGUAAGUGGAUCACGUGACCGAACAUGCAUUAUCUGGGACCUGAACAAGCUGGCAUUUGUAACCCAGUUACGUGGACACAGAGCUCCUGUGUCAGCUCUUUGUAUAAAUGAGUUAACGGGUGACAUUGUGUCCUGUGCUGGCACAUAUAUACACGUAUGGAGUAUAAAUGGCAAUCCCAUUGUCAGUGUGAACACCUUCACUGGAAGAAGCCAACAGAUACUAUGUUGCUGUGUGUCUGAAAUGAACGAAUGGGACACCCAGAAUGUCAUUGUCACAGGACAUUCCGAUGGAGUGGUUCGUUUUUGGAGGAUGGAGUUUUUACAAGUGCCAGAGACACCAGCUCCAGAUCCUGCAGAUGCCAUGGAGUUGCCAGAUGAGUGCUCAGAUACACAUUUAGGACCCGAAGCUCAGGAUGAUGACAGCAGUGACUCUGAUAUAGAAGAUCAAAGCUCCAGUCAGGACGCUGCAUCAAAGGAAAGCCAAGCUCAGCCUAGCAAUGUUGUGCCUCGGACAAGGGCAUGCUCUGCCAGGGCUGGCUUGGCAGCAUGGUCUGGGGAUAGCGGAUCUGAUGACUCCAGGCGCUGGUCGGAUCAGCUGAGUCUGGAUGAAAAAGACGGCUUUAUAGUGGUAAACUAUUCUGAAGGCCAUUUAAAACAGUUCCCACAAGCUCAGAGCAGUGCCCAGACAAGCCAGCAGGAAGUCCGCCACUAUAACAAACUGAAAACAGGAUACAGAUGGGAGCGACAGUUAGUAUUUCGAAGCAAGCUCACUAUGCACACAGCAUUUGACAGGAAAGACAAUGCACAUCCUGCAGAUAUAACUGCACUGGGAAUAUCCAAGGAUCACAGCAGGAUUCUGGUUGGUGACGGCAGAGGGCGGGUGUUCAGCUGGUCUGUAAGCGAUCAACCAGGGCGAUCUGCUGCUGACCACUGGGUAAAGGAUGAAGGAAUGGACAGCUGUUCAGGAUGUGCCGUGAGGUUUUCCUUAACAGAGAGGCGACAUCACUGUAGGAACUGUGGCCAGCUUUUUUGUCAAAAGUGCAGCCGAUUCCAAUCUGAGAUCAAGCGCCUGAAGAUUUCUUCACCAGUGCGAGUGUGUCAGAACUGUUACUAUAAUUUACAGCAUGAACGGGGCUCUGAGGAGUCUUCAAGGAACUAGAACACAUUUGGCCAUCUUCAUUACUACAUGGAGCCCUUCCUUGUUCUAUUACCAACGUUAACAACUGAAACUUUGAACAAUUAAAAAAAAAAUGAGUUUACAUGCAACCUUGAAUUAUGUUUUAAGCACUGCAAGAAAA